UAAUGAUCUCACAAAGGUAAGCCGGAGUAAUGCCAUGUAUUGCCUUAUAGGUCAAAAGUAGGAUUGAAGAUAUGCAGACAUGCAUGAUGAAGACAUGCAGAUCUACGUGGAAUAGCAGAACUGAAUCAAUAAAUGAACGCAAUACAUGAUUUUUACAGUGACCAUAGUAUCAUACUGUAUUGCAGUUCUGUUUGCAGCCUAAUAAACAGGCAAUACGGUGAAAGAGUGUAUCCGUGGAACUGGAAUUGGGGAAGUUUUGUGGAAGCCGGAGUUUGCAUGUCGUUCUUUUUUUUUUAAAAAAAAAAUUUAAAAAAAGAGACCGAAAUUUAUACCAAGGUUCGCUAAGGAGUCGAACAAUACGGGCCAGUUUCGUUUGCUGGUGUGGAAACACGAAACAUUACAGGACGCCAAACUAUAUACAGUACGUGAUACUGUGAAUAUAUUCCAAGACUGGCCUCGGUGUGACGGUGCUAAAGGCGUAAGCAGUCGGCACAUGCAUGUUGCUUAUGAUGGCUUUGGAGCUCAGUCACAGCCAAGCAGCGCGGCCAGUCUUGGUAUUUACAGACUACACCAUUAUUGGUGAUUCCAUUGAAAAGAAGGAAAGACAAUACUGGUACCCUGAUUUGCAUUAAAAUAUAUUUGUUUUUUAAACGAUGUAGCUGUCAGCCGUUCCAGUAAACAGACGGAGCGUGAAAUAAACAGUUCGGGUUGUAUAAUUUAAAAAUUAUUCCGUUUUAGUUUGUCUUUAAAUGAUUAAUUAAAACAGUUAUUAAAAUUAAAACAGUUUCGGUCGUUUCGCAUGGUUCUUACACACUCACACACACUCUCCCUCUCUCUUUCUCUCUCUAGAGAGCGCGCGCUCGUGCACUGGGAGUGACGAGAAUGCGCGGGAGGCGCGUGCUGUGCUGCGCUGCUUUCCGUUCCGUGCCCUUCUGUCCUGUCCACCGGCUUCGCCUCGCAACGCCUCACUCUUCUCCGCUCCCGCUUUGACGGCACCUGCCAUCAGCGCUGCACUGCUGUAAGCACAGGAACUCCGUGAAGUGACACAGCAAGGCGACAUGUUCAACUGGCUUCCUCACUAUGGACUUCAAGAAGAGCAAGUAUGGAAGAUUUAUGAAUAGCAGAGUUCCACCCAACAAAAGGUACCGGCCAACUGAGUACGAACAUGUAGCGAACUGUGCAACACAUGCGCUCUGGAUUAUUCCCAGCAUCCUAGGCAGUUCCUUCUUGUACUUCCUGUCUGAUAACCAGUGGGAGAGCAUCACAGCAUGCAUCUAUGGCUUCGCUCUGUCUGGUCUCUUCACUGUGUCGACUGUAUUCCACACCAUCUCCUGGAAGAAGAGCCAUCUCCGGACAGUUGAGCAUUGUCUGCACAUGUGCGACCGCAUGGUGAUUUACUUCUUCAUCGCAGCCUCCUACGCCCCCUGGCUGAACCUGAGAGAGCUGGGGCCCUGGGCAUCUCACAUGCGCUGGGUCAUCUGGAUCAUGGCCUGUGUGGGAACAGCCUAUGUCUUCUUCUUCCACGAGAGGUACAAAAUCGUAGAGCUCGUGUGUUACACAGUAAUGAGUGUUUUUCCCGCCUUGGUGAUCCUGUCAAUGGCUAACAGUGAUGGCCUGUUUGAGCUUAUCAUGGGGGGCAUGUCCUACUUCCUGGGCAUCGUUUUCUUCAAGAGUGACGGGCUUGUCCCUUUUGCCCAUGCCAUUUGGCACCUCUUUGUGGCAGUCGGAGCCGGCGUCCACUACUAUGCUAUCUGGAAAUACCUCUACGUGCCUGGGACCACUGAAAUGAAGACCUCCAGAUGACAAGACUGUACUGCUUCCAGUGAGAGCCCUGGACCAUCAUUGGCCCUGAGACUGAAAGAGACAGAAUAUUUUCAAAAAACUUAAAUGCAGGUCUUAACAAGGUUAAUGUCACAGAUGCAGAGUUCACAUUCCCAAAUGAUCACAAGUAGCCUUGGCAUUUAUUGCACCUAAUAAUGUCUUUAAAAAGUAUUCGUACACUUAUUGUCCAUUCAUUUUGGUUUUUAUUCCGUUAGCGACAGAUGUAUAGCAUGUAAGGCAUUAAUGUCAUCCUAAAACUAAAAGUCCAAUAUUUCAACUGUUAAUUUAUUUCUUCAGUAGAAAGUGUUUACAAGCUAUAUCAUCUCUGAUUCUACCUGGAAUGAAGCUGGACGUGCCAAGAUGUCAGAGCUGUUGUCUUUAUUUGUCACAUUCACCGGAAGGUUUGCUGCUGUUGGGUUAUACAGAUGAAGCUUUGCUUAAAGCAAUGUUUAUUACGCACCUGAUAUUACACUUUUAGAAAUUAUUUCCAGUUCACCUGCGGGCAGAGAAUACAACUGGAUUUUUUUUUCUGAUACCAUAUGGUAUAGUUCUCAUUGGAUGGUGGGGUGACUGAAUUCUGCCAGUACUCCAAAGGGGGCACUGUACUCUUUAUGUAUGUUUUUUCUCCCUGUUGCUUUUUCUCCUCUGGGCCUCAACUGAACACAGAGAUGUUUUAGUAAGUGGCUAGAAAAUAAUUUCAGAAAAAGAUAUUUGAAAAAAAGAAUAUCUAGGGCAGGGUGCAAUUUAAUGGUUAGGGUUUGUGCCUUCCUCUUGAAGGACCCAGGUUUGAUUCCUGAUCCUGCUGUAGUACUCUUGAUCAAGGUACUAACCC